AUGGCGGACGAAAUUGUUCACCUUAACAUGUUGGAAAUGAACGAACUAGUCAACAAAAUCGCCGAUCAUUACGGGUUCGAUGACACCAUGCUCUCUCCCGAUGACGGUGCAGACGAUGGGGAUGGGGCCCUGGAUGGUCUCGGCGGCGCCGCCGCCGCUCCCGUGGAAGAAAAGAAAGUUUUUGAUCUCAAACUUGUCAGUUACGACGACAAGGCCAAGAUUAAAGUCAUUAAGGAAGUACGAUCCCUCGCUGGAUUGGGACUCAAAGAAGCCAAGGAAAUGGUCGAAGGUGCGCCCAAAGUCAUUCUCAAGGACAUCAAAAAGGAACUAGCGGAAGAAUGCAAGGCCAAGUUGGAAGAAAUUGGUGCCGUUAUGGAAAUUGUGUAA